ACAUCCUCCGCACCGGCCCAUCUCCCUCCUCAGCCCUGGGGGAUUGAACCGCCUUAAGAUGGAAAUGUGAAGAGCUUUUAAUCUCCAGGAUCGUAAUACAUAACCAGGGGAGGGGGCGAGCGCCGACUUCUGUGCCAAGCACUCUUCUAAGCGCUGGGGAGGAGACCAGAUUGGAAGAUACAGCAUUUAGACUAAUUGAGUGAAGAUGUCACAAAGGCAAUGGUAAACAUAAACAACAUGCCACAGCCCAGUAAUGCUUUACAGGGCUGUCAUCCUCUUCCUCCUGCUCCUCAUCAUCAGAGUCUUUAGCAUAGCAGGGGAGACGGGCAGUAAAAUAAUUUAUGGAGAGCAUGAGAGCAUGAAGAAGGAAAAGGAGAGAGGGUCUGCAUUAGGGUGCCAGUAACCAAAACAGCGGUGGCAGCAACAGGAGGAAGGUGAAGAUCUGGCGAAGAGAAGAAAAAGACAGUGACAUGGAAACUGAGGAGACAGUGGCAGCCACAAGACGUAUCAGAGAAUGGAAACCUUCCUAUCAGUCGUCUUGCAACGUGUGCUACUGCAAAACAAGUCAAGCACGUAUCCUGUGCUUGUGACCACUGGCAUCUGAGCAAAGCUCACUACAAAUGGCAAGGGGCCAGAAGAGGGACAGUACUUGAUAUUCAUGAACAAAGGAUGAACUCGUGCAAGAGUUAAUCUCUAGCGACUGACAUUUAAUCUCACCAUCAGCCGUGUCAUUUUAGAAAUGAGGGACAUCUACAGUACAGUAUGUGGCAGUAUAAUCAUGCUUUUGAAGAUGAUGUAAUCGUGUGCCUGGAAACAUUGACUUACAACACACCAGUUGGACCAAAAGUAUGGGGUGAAACACCACAAAAGAUAAAGAAAAGAAACAAAACACAGGAAGCCCCUGUGGAGUCGAAUAGUCAACUAUAUGAAGAAAAUCCAGUUCCAUCCAGAGAUGCAGAAAACAGCAGUGGCGAUGUUACAUCUGAUGUGGAGUGCGACAAUGUUGAAGUGACUUUGAUCGGAAAACAGCUGAAAACAAUUAACUUGGAGGGAAAGACUUGUUCUUUUCAUGAGAGCUUCAGUUGUCAUGCUGCACUGGAAAGACCUGCACAAAAUGAAAUCAAAAAGAAGCGCCUUGUCAGUGUUGAUGUGUUACUUCAAAAUGACGAAAGGAAUUAUCCCAAAUGGAUAGAGUUGACAGAUACAGGAGAAGCAAAACCUGUUCGUACUAUUAUUUCUUCAGUAAAUAUCUCAACUAAAUCUCUGCCAGGCUACCAUGAUAAUGCUUCAGGAAGAAAUCCAGAAUCUCCACAGAAGCAUACCUCUUCAUCUCUUCAGGAACUGGACCCCUCCUGUCGUAGUUCAGUAAACAAGGAGGUUGUGCCCCAAAAUCAAAGACUUCAUCGGGAUGAAGAAGCCAGUGGUAAUUUUUACGUAGAUCAGUAUCUCACUGCAAAUGAAGAGUGCACAUGGAGCGAUGUUACACUUCAAGACCUAUACCCAGAUAUGGUGAAUUCAAUGAGUCGGAUUGUGCGUGCGUCUUUGAAACGAACCUCGAACUCCCAAAACAAAUACUCUUUCAAAGCUAGACUCUCCAGGAGGUACAAGUUGAACAACACAAUAGCGAGGUUAGAAAAUUCAAGGAAAGAAAAGUUAGAUUUGCACUGGAGAAGUAGCAAAAAAUUUCCAUUUCCAUACAAUCUGAGUAAGAAAAUGAUUAAUGAAGAGAACCACCAGAAGCAACUUUCUGAUUUACCUUGCUCGGAGCCUUGCACUGAUUUUGAGGCAAGUGAAGUAGUAAUAGGUGCUAGAAGCAUAGACAGUGGGUCAAGCAGAAAGACAGGCAGCUGUGAAAUCUUACAGAGUACUACAUUUCCAAGUUUUUCUCUUGGAUUGGAAGAUGUCCCUUUGGAUGGAAGCCCAUAUGGAGCCUCUAAAUUAUCUCCGCAUUCUAAAUGGGACCCAAUUAGGUCUAAACAAUCCUUUCAAAAAUACCCUUCCCUGGAAUCAGUCGUAGGCUCCAGCACAGCAUUUGAUUCGAUGGAUGUAGGCAAAGUUGAUUCUGUAACUUCAUGUGGCAUUUCAACUUUGAGGUCGCCAACUUGUAAAUUGAACUUGCCUAAUAUGAGAAUCUCUGGUGAAGGGCUAAGCAGCUGGAAAUGGAAAACCCUUAGAAAUGCUCACCUGCAGAGAAGCCAUUCACUUCCUUCAUCACCAAAUAAAGAUUUAGUACCAGGUCCCUGGAAGUAUGAUGAUGCGUUUGAAAGAAUUUUUCAUGAAUACUUUCCCAGCGAACCGCAGAAGUCCCUCACCCCUAAAAUAAAAUCGUCACCCCUGAGACAGUUUGGACAUUUGUGGCUGAAAAGAAGUCCCAGGAAAGAUGAAGAUGAAUUUGAAAACUGUUUUCGUAAAUAUUUCCCUAGAGACCCUCUAAAAUCAGAAAGAACGUGGAGAGCUUCAAACCCCAAACUGUUUGUAGAGAAAGCAAGGCUGGUAGAGACUCAUUGGAGGAUCUUAGCCCCUUUGAGAAAAUUUAAUCAGGAAUAUGGCCUUAAAGAAUCCCAGAGAACUUCACCCCAGCAGAAUGCCAGAGAAAUACCAGUGCCCCAAACAGUCAAUAAACUUCAGUCCCCAGUGCAAACAUCACCCGGCACCACCAGGAUCAAGAGAGAAACCCAUUUCCACUGUGAUCCUUCACUGCUUUCCCCUGCAAAGAGACAGAAAAACAUACUGAGAAGUACCUUUCCCAAAGAGCACAAUCAUCAACAGGAACACGGGAGAGAUUGCUCAACUGAGGUUACCGGAAUGAUUCCCAAAACCUGGCAAAGCUGCAACUCCCCCAAAUUGGAAUCAGAAAAUAUGAACUCUAGGGGUUUGACUAGCCCAAUGGCUAACCAACAUGGGAGUCCCUGCACAUUUACUAAAGAAUCUGGGACGUCAGGUGCUUGUGGAUUAAACCGGAGGCAAAUUUUUGGAUCACCUGGGCAAAAACUUCAACCAAGUGCCAGCAGGAAACUGAGCUAUAGCGAUGGAAGAGAAAGGAGGUCGAUUGCAUAUCUGAAUUCCAUGUCAGUUGAGGAUCCUGAAGAGGCGUUUUUGGAGGGCUACUUGUUUUAAGGGUCUUUUCAAGUUAUGGCAUCACAUCACAGACACCCUCAUUCUGAAAGUUAGCAAGGUGAUUCUCCUUCUCUGAGAACUAUUCCUUCGAAAACUGAUCAUAAGAUCCCACGAGAGAUCGUGUUUUCUAUUUGUCUUAAUGCAUUUUAGGCAGUUAAUUUUGCUCACUAUCUUUAAGUGCAAAGUUCAGUAGCAUUAACGCUUUCGGUCUCCAGACUUUAGAAAACUACUUCCUCUUACCUGUAAAGAAUGGGAAGACAUUAUAAUGGCUCUGUUUACCGGAUUUUUAAUGUAAUUUUUCUUAUAAUCUCACCUUAUUUUAUUAAAGUUUUCAAAAUCAAAAUAAAGAGAUCCUUUUAUUUAAA